AUGAUCUCUCGAGUGCAGAAAGUUCCCGCGUGUCGUUCAUUUCACGACAUCCCAGAUCUCAAACACGAGGCACCCUCAGCUUUACCUCAGUCCAGUGCACUGAAGGAAGUCCAAUCGGCUCCGCGUGGCGUGCCAUCCACCGUACAACACGUCCCACUGAAAGAUAAUAAAACAGUGAAGCCGUCAGGACUUUCGAAUCGGGAACAAUCGGGAAUUUCGUAUGUGCGGUAUAAGGCGUUUGCCGAUGGCAACCCUCGAACGGACUUCAAGCUCUACCUAUUCAAGCUCGCACCAUCGACGAAUAUGUCCAUAGUGCACUUAUAG